ACCAAGGCUUAUUAAUGGAUUUAGAUUCGCUACUUAUUUCAAAUGAAUUUUUACAGUCUAAUAGUGAGCCAUCAGAUAUUGAUAAAUUAUCCAACAAAUAUAAAGUGUCUAAUAAUUAUGAAGCCAACAAUUAUGAAGUUUCUGAUAAUCACGAAACAAUGGAUAAUAAAUAUUUAAAUAAUAAAUUAGCAGAACUGGCUAGUUAUCCGGAUGUACUUGAAAUUUUGAGGUUUCAAGAUUUAAGAGAAUUCUUUUCACUUUCUAGUAUUCAGGAAAACCUAUCGCAUAAAAGGUAUCCAUGUUCCGGUUUAUAUGGAGAGAAACAUCUCAAAUAUAUUGAACGAAUUGGUGGUUUUACACUCUUCGGUGGAGCUCCACCCGUAAAAAAAUUAGCACAAGAACUUUUUCUACUCAAGUUUAUAGAAAAAACAAAAUUCUCUUACUCUAAGCUUAGAUCUAAUCAAUCCAAAAGACUUAAUAAUGAAUUAUCAGCAAGAUCUAAAUGGAAAAUAGAUCAGAAAUGUUUAUGUAUAUGUAGUUCAGAAUGUGAAACCUAUACCGAUCAAAUUGGGCGAGUGUGUGCAAAAUGUUUUUUACUAACGAAAGAUCAAGUUUUUAAGAAUGCCCUUUCUAAACUUAUAUCCAACCCGGAAAAUCGACAUUAUACACCCAAAUCAUAUUUUAAAGGCAAACCGCUUUUAAAAUUUCUUGGAAAUUUAGAUAUAAAAGAUCUUUGGACUUCGGUUUCUUAUUCUAAUGAAAAUAAUACAGUACUGUUUUGGUUAAAAUUAGCUGAAAAGGGUGUUCAAAAUAUGAAAUAUUCUGAAGAGAUUACCAAUUUUAUAGCUAUACUUUCUAGUUUAAGUCUAAAAGCCUAUGAUUUUUUUUGA